GCCCAGCUGGGCCUCCAUAAAACUGGGGUUGGCCUCAGCUCUUAGCCAUCCACCUUCCUGACAACAUGCGGUCCAGCAGCUUCUUGAUCCUGGUGGUGUUCCUCGUCCUUGGGACACUGGCGGCACAGGCAGCUGUCGCAGGAGUUCCUCCUAAAGGUCAAGGUACUGACAAAGGUCAUGCUCUGGUCAAAGGACGAGAUCCGGUUAGAGGUCAAGAUCCAGUCAAAGGGCAAGAUUCAGUCAAAGCCCAAAGUCUGCGCAAAGUUGCCAUCGUCGCUAAGCCUGGCCUCUGCCCCAAGAUUCUGAUCCGCUGCGCCAUGUUAAAUCCGCCUAACCGCUGUUUGAGGGACACUGAGUGCCCAGGGGCCAAGAAGUGCUGUGUGGGCUCUUGCGGGCGGGUCUGUAUGGAUCCCAAGUGAGAUGGAGCCUAUCCUUGCUGCACCUGAGAAGUCCCCAGGGCUGCAGACCCUGGUCCCUGUAACACUACCCUCUCUCACACUGCCCGUUCUUCCUCUCGUUCAGGAAGCCCAAGCCCGGGGCUGCCUCCCUCAUUGACUUUCCAAUAAAAGACUGCUUUGUGCUCCA